CGUGUUGCAUGCCGCCUGCUGUUCGGAGUUCUUUAGCACGCGUAAUUUGGGAAAAGCUUUUUGAUUAAGGGGAAACAUUUAUUGCAACGAGCAACGAACGUUAUUUAUCAGUAUGGGAGGUCAGGCUAAGAACAAGAAGAAAAAUAAACCCAAGAGGAAGGACAACCGUCAAAACAGGGAUGGGGGAUUUGUUGAUUUGUCACCUCAAGAAAGGAUGAAAGUAAGAAUGCAUGAGAAAGCCAAGAAGAAGACAGCUGAAAAGUACUCAGUACAGCAACUACUAGAGAAGACUCAGGAUUACAUGGACAGUUUUGACUUUGAGAUGGCUGGCCUUUUCUGUCAGAGAGCUUUGGAUGUGGACUCCAACAACCUACAAGCUCUUGACAUGCUGGGACACAUUUGCUCUGAAUUAGGAGACAUGCAGAAAGCUAAAUCAGUGUUUCUCAGGGCAAUAGAACUGAGCCCGGAUGUUGGUCAUAGCAAAUACAUGUAUCUGGGACAAAUUCACACCGGCCAGGAGGCUGUGGACUACUACACAAGAGGAAUACAAGUUCUUCUGUCGGUUCUAGAGAAACAGGAAACAGAGGCUGGUGCCGCUGGAACAACGGAAGAGAACAACGAGGUCCCUUCAGGGAAGGAUGUCAGCGUGGCCUACUGCUCCCUGGCUGAGAUCUACUUAACAGACCUCUGCAUGGAGGAGGGAGCUGCAGACAAGUGCCGAGAGUUCAUUGAAAAAGCUUUACAGUAUCACCAUGAGAACCCAGAGGCUCUCCAGCUUAUGGCCAGUUACCUGUUUAGUACAGAGAGAAACCAGGAAGGGAAGGAAUACCUGUUGAAAAGUGUUGGGAUGUGGUUACCUGUGCAGAAGCAAAGUGCAGCUUCCUCUACAACAGAAGAAGAAACACAAAAUGAAAUCCCUCCGUACGAGUCUCGCAUCACCACAGCCAAACUGCUUAUCGAGUCAGAGGAGUAUGAGAUGGCGGUAGAUGUCUUGGAGGGUCUUCUGGAAGAAGAUGAUGAAGUUGUUCAGGUUUGGUAUCUGUCUGGCUGGGUGUGCUACCUCCAGUGGGACAAGGCAAAACAACACCAAGAAAGAGAAGGAAGUGAGGCAUCGGAGGAGAAUAAGGAGGAGUGGAAGGCUUUACAGGAUGCUGCAAGGUCGUACCUGACUAAUGCUAAAAAGCUGUACAAUAAGCUGCGAUGCGACGACCAGCCGAUGCUGGAGCAUGCAGAACAGCUGCUGGGUGAACUGGGAGGAGAAAUCGAGGAAGAAGAUGAAGACCCAGCCGAGGAUGACGACUACGAACCUUGCAGUGACGAUGAAGAGGAAGCCGAGGCCCCCAUGGAGCACUGACUGCACCCAUCAUGUUUUCCUUGAGUUUUUGUGCCCUCUUCAAAGUGCCUUUUUGUACUGGCUUUUCAAAGAUUAAAUUGAUUUGCACAAACAGAGAGGUAUAAAAAAAUCUACUCAAUCUCUUUCAGUUAAGUUGCUAAAUGCUUUUGUCGAAAUAAGUGCAUACUUGAGUAAUGCUUCCCUAAUCUUAUCGACAGAUGCCGAUGACAGAAAUUAGUUUUCAGAGGUUUAAUUCUCACCAGCAGCCCUUGAAUGCUUUACCUUCACUGCACACCCACACAGUUUUGAAUGAGCGGGAAUGUACCGCACGAACAUAACACAAAAACACAAAAGAAGCAUGUUAAUUACUCUAUUCCUUUUUCCUCAGCAAAACAAGCUGCUUUUCCCUCUAAGCAUUGUCAGAGAAGCCCAGUUAUUAACACUUCACGCUAUUUUUACAUGCGCUGUGAUUUUAAUGCCUAGUGUUUAUGUAAAUGCUUGAAUUUUUAUGGAAUUCAGUUUAUGGUUCUUGCGUCUUUUUUUUUUUCAUUUUUGGGGGGUUAGACUCAGUAACUUAAGACAAUAGAGUGAAUCUGACAUGAACUCAUGCAGAGUACAACUCUCGCUCACUCUGUUGCUGCUCGGGUUUUCAAAGUGACUUGCAUAACCGAGAAACGAGCAACUGGCUUUUUAACACAAGACUUCACAUCACGUCCUUUUAAUAGUCGCAGUGUUAACGACAUAAAAGCCUGGGUCUGUACAUUGUGACAUACAAUUAUUUCCUACAAUGUAUGAAAUAUGUAGUGCAGCACCAAAUAAAGGCUUAGUCCUAUAAAUAUGUUUGCCGUUUGUGGCCAAGGGCGUUUGAGAAUGUCUUUGGCGCCAGCAGCUCUAAAGCAAGUAUUGACUGUGUACCAAUUUACUCGAGUCUGAAAUGUUUUCAAAUCUCUACUAUAAGCUGUACAGCCACUUCUGGCUUCAAAUCUAAAAGAUAAAUGAGAACAAUUGCCUUUGCUGCACAGUUUAAUUAGUAUCUGUUCAAACUCAAAUUUAACAAGACUAGAUUAGAUUUUGAUACAAUUCUUGUCUUAACUAUUUUGUACUAAUAAUUCAAAUCUGGUGCAAGAAAACAUUUCCAAACAAGGUUUGAAGUUGUGAUGUGACAAACAGAAUGGAGAAACAUUUCUUAGGUGCUGUGUGUAUUUGGUUACUGGUGCUACAGCUUCAGAAUGCCAAAAGAACCGUAGGGUAACAUGAGACACUGCUCACAUAAACCUGUUAAAAGGCUAUGAAAGCAGAUUCAUAAAAGUAUUAAAAUGCAAACUAUAAAAUGUGUCAAGAUUGAUGAAACUGAUCCACUUAAAAUGUUCUUGGACAUUAUAGUUCAGUGCACUGAUGACUCUGGCAAAAAAGUGGUUAUUUAAUAGUUAUAGACAAAUAAACCAGAUUUAUUUUAUCACUUCUAAACAGAGUGAGAAACCAAUUCAGUUUGUGAUCCUUUGGAAUAAUAAAUAUUUUCUUGAUUUUUUUUUUGUCUAUUAAAUGUUUAACUUAAUUGAUAUACCCUAAAAUACUACUAAAGAUUUUUCCAUGGAUCUUUGAGACAGAGGUAAAUGAAUUACUUUUUUAAUCCAUUUUUUUUUAAUGAAAGACAAUUUAACAAAAAAAGAUGCUCCUUUAUAUUGCUUUAUUAUGUAUUGAGAGAUAGAUAUCUCAUUUAAGGGUAUGAAAAAACGUAGAGCCUCAAUAUAAAUGUUUUAAAUGUAGACAGAAGUGAUAUGUUUCUUAAGUGAAUGUUUUUGGAACGGAUGGAUCAGGUAGAAAAAAUGCUUCUGCAAUUGUCCAUACCAUACACAAGCAAAACAUUUGGAAACUUUUCCUAAAAGCACUGUCUGCAUCAGCAAAGCAUUCAUGUUUAACUCAUUACCAUUUCUGAUAUUCAGUGUGUAUUAUGUUGGAAGUUGUUAGAAGACACCUGGUUCUCUGACCCUUGCUGAGGGACAUUUCACCAAAUAGUACCGGGGUGCAUAAAUGUUUUAGUUUUCCUCUUGGAAUAGAGAAAGUCUGCUAUAAAUUUAAAUUAACUUGUUUUUAAAAUUCUCCAAAGUUGACUAAAGAACUGCAAAAAUAAAUCAUUAAAAGGCUCAGAUAUAGCAACGUGAUGAUGAUGAUGAGUGUUUGUAAAUUUUUGUUUGUUUAGUUAGGUAUCUAUCCAUGUCCCGUCUCUGUUAAUAGACACAACACACCAGGAACAUCCACAGCAGCGUGGUGUCUUUGAAAAAUCCCAACCCUGAAAAAAUAUAUAUAAAAAGAGCGUUAUCAGAGAUCCUGUUGCAGAUAGUGACCCUGCUGCAAGCUGAGAGGCCUGGCAGCUGUUUGAUACCCUGAUGUGAUUCAGUUUUUUUAUUAUUAUUAUUUAUUUAUGGAGCAUUAAAUAUACCCCAGGAGGUAAAAAAUUGUCGAUAUAACGUUUUCUGUGUGUGUAGGUGUCCAUGUUGUAAAAGUUUUGCAGAUUUAUGAGAUGCUUUAUUUGUGGACUGGACUUUUUUCUCCCAUAUCCAUGUCUGCUGUGGUUAGUGUGCAAGGAUGCACCUCUGCAGGCCUUGAAGAACGACUACCUGAAGCCAUUCUGUCAUCCACCAUUUUUUUUUCUAAUUAAAGCAGGCUCUAAUA